AUGUCUUCUGUCAUGGAUAAACCUACAUCAAGACAACCAUUAAGGGACUCCUCUAAUUACAAGAAUAAUUCAGAAACGACACCUUCAAAAUCACGAACACAAUUAUCAGUAGCACUUCCAAUUACUCAGAACACACCACCUGAAAGUAUAUCAGCAAUCAGAAGAUCCGACGCAAAUCUAUUUGAGACACCUACAAGAUUUUACAAUAUAGAUACUACUUCAUUGGUGGGUGACUCUCAACAUUUGAUGAUGCAAUCAUCCUAUUUAUCUCCGGCUUUUUCAUCGCCAACCCAAAGGCAUAGUCAAGAACAAAAUUCAGACAAAUUAGCUAGCUCGCCUAUAAAAAAACCCUCGGAAACCAAAAAACUGAAGUCAAAAGCAAAAACAAAUACUUCUCCUCCAAAAGCUAGUAGAUCUUUCAACUUGCAAUCUGAAGACAAACCUCCUUACUCAUAUGCAACUUUAAUCGGUAUUUCCAUAUUAUCUCACCCGGAGAAAAAAUUGACGUUGUCUCAUAUAUAUCAAUGGAUAUCUGAUACUUUCAAAUAUUAUAAGAAGGGAGAUGUUGGGUGGCAGAAUUCUAUAAGGCACAAUUUAUCUUUGAACAAAGCAUUUAUCAAGGGUGAGAAAUCUAAAGACGGGAAAGGGCAUUUUUGGUGUAUCAAACCAGGAUGUGAGGAGCAAUUUUUGAAAAGCAGGAGUGUGAAGAAAAGCUCCUAUCAAGAAGUCAUGGACCAGAUCAACCACGCUUCCAAAAUUAAUGCUGAGGCAGCAGCAAGAGCUGCAGAAGAAAAAGCGGCUAAAGAGGAAGCUGAGUCAAAGCUGAACAGCAUUUAUGGUUAUACAAACCUUGCAUCGUCUCCUAAUCGUCCCAAGUUGAAAAGAAAACUAGAAGGUGACGACGAUGGUGAUGACUUUGAGUACGAUGAAGAAGAUGAUGAUGAUGAUGAAGAAGAAGAAGAUGUCACUGUGAUUGAUCCGCCAAUGAAGAGACAGAAAGUAGCAACAUUGGGUGAACCUUGGCAGUCAAGCACCCCUGCUAAGUCAAACAGUUCAAACCACACAAGCGGCGCUGCUAAUUUGGCUGCGUCCAUUAGUGAAAGCAAAAUUAAUGCAGUGGUCACCACAACACCGAAAACAACGUCAACACCAAGAUUUGUCAUUGAUUCACCUAAUAGGCCGAUUCUUGCUGGCAAAAAUCUUACAUAUACUUCUUCAUUCAGCUGCAGUUCAAAUUUUGAAUUAUCUCCAGUAAGACCACUUGAAACUGGUCCACUUUUGGAACCCUUGACACCUGCAAACAACAUUUACCGAAAUUUCCAAAAUCAACAACAACAACAACAGCUGCUGCAUAUGUUGCUUCGGGUACGUACACCAAAGUCGACCAUCGCAAAAACACCAAUUAGAAACAUUCGUACCCCGCAAACCAGUUCGAUUGUCAAAAAACUUUGGAAUUCUCCUUCAUAUUUAGAUGAUUUUUAUUAUAGUCCAUUGAUCAAUAAUCUGAUCAAUCUAUUAACAGUGUCAUCUAAUUCCAAGCUAUCGACUAUACAGGGAAGUUUUCUGUCGUAUGACGAUGACGAUAUGGUUUCAAGAAACUUUGAACAUCCUCAUGUCCACUCAUCGCCAAUAUUAGGCAGUUCAUCAGAUCACGGUGUUCUUGCUGAUAAUAAAGAAAAAAGAAAGAAUUUGUUCCAGGAUUUAAAAAAUGUGGAGAAGAAUAGUACAUUAAAGGACUGA